AUGGCUGCCGAAAAAGAAUUUGAAAGUUUUUUACAAUCUAUUAAUCUUGCUGAGGAUUAUUUGGAGCGAUUUAAUGCGUCUGGUUUUAACGACAUUGAAUUAGUGAAAUCGUUGGAAUUGGAUGAACAACGGCAAAUGUUUGAUCUAGUUGGUUUAUCGGGAAAACCAGGGCAUCUUCUGAAAUUCAAGAAGGCUAUAGCUUCAUAUACUCGCAAUCUAGGAAGUAUUAAUAUUGACAAUAGUAACCAAACAGCCGUUCCGGCUCAGAAGAAGGCUCAGAAAAGUAAGUUUUUAUCAUUGUAAAUAUUUUGUUUAUUAUAUUAAACUAGGGUAUAAGUGUGAUGUUGGACAAUCAAUUUAAUGAAUUUACUGUAUGCAUCAUGGAUUCAUAUGACAUGUUAAUACGUUUAUAUGCUUCGGUCAAUUUUCCUGUUUAUACCACCCCCUCCCUGUAUAAAAUUGUAUCCUUGAGGGUAUUGUCGGUCUUGAGGGUGUGUAUGUAUGGUCCCUUAUACUAUUUUAGCCUUGCCCUGAGGUGGGUAUAAAUUUAAAAAUGUCUAUUAAAUUUCUGGUGCUGGUAAAUUUGCUACAAACUUGCAAUUAUUUUUCAAAUCCUUUAAGGAAUUGCCUUGGGAAGGCAUGGUUACAUAAAGAAUUGAUGAUUAUUUAAAUGAAAUAUUUACUUUUAUAUUUAUCUUUAUAUUAAAUAGCAAUCUCAUUCAUUGGUGGGAAGUUUGUUGUGGGUGAAAAUGCCAGAGUGAAAGAAAAGGAGCCUUUCGAAAAGUACAUGAUACCAAAUGUGAAGUCCAAAAGGUUGACAUAUCAUAAUCUAAUAACAAAAGAAAUCUACCUGUCAGCCUUUACCAGUAAGCAGUCUAGAUUCCAUGCUUAUUUGAUGGGACAACGCCAGUUUCGUUGGAAUGUUAAAUGCAACCUCGAAAAACUUGAGCACCUUGUAUCUUCAUACAAAAAUGGUCAAAUUCCAAAGGAGAAUAUAAAUUGUUUACGAUACAGGAAAUUUCCAGAGGAUGUAAAGAUAGAUGAUGUGAGUAAAAGCCAACGAGCAUUAGACCACAUAAAAAGCACAAUAAAAACAAUCAAUGAGGAAAAAAGCAAGUUAUCGAAUAGAAAAAUGGAGCUAUAUACAGAUAAUCUUGAGCCGAAGAAAUGGGCAAGUAAUGAAAUAAAUUUUGUUCAAGAAAUGACAACACAUGUAGAAAGCAUGCUGACUGAAUCCAAUAAUAUUGCACAUGACAUUGAGCAUGUCAGUAAUCAGUUGGCAAAAAGAUUUGAUGUGGCCUCGGUGAAUGAAAAUGAAAAGAAACGGAAAGCUAAAAGAGUCAAAGAACAAAAAUCUAAGACAAAGAAGAAGCGAAGCAUUGUAGAAAAGUCCAAAGUGGGAUGUCCAAACACAAUGAGUGACAUGUCUGGUGAUGAUGACAUUGUUAUUGACAUUUUAGAUGACAAUCUAUGA